AUGCUUAUUCAAGGAAAUAGAGCUAGAGAUUUCAUUGAGAUGGAGCAAGAUGUGAACUUAGAAGAAGAAAUGCAAGAGUCAGAUGACGACUUCCUUGAAUCUGAAGAAAUUAGACAUAAUACAAUAGUGCAAAAUGAGGAAACUUCACCAAGUGUUCUCUCUAAUAAGAGGAGUCGACAUACCUAUGAUGUGUUCCAUAAUGCGGUUGGUUUGAUUACUGAAAUUCUUAAAGAAAUGUCAAAGGAAUUGAGUCAAGGUAUUAAAUUUGACAUGAAGAUCAACGAACUAAGUGAGAAGAUCCCUCUAGAGAUUUGA